CUAAAGUCGUGGGAAUAUUGUUUUGAAGACUGUCGGCCAGAUCACCAAUUUGUACGCAGCAGCAGAAUUGCGUCAACAGCAUUCUGCUUGAGCCGGGCUGCUGUCUCAUCGCUGAGAAGAGCCCCUUGACGCUGACUUGGGUCACCAGCAGCGCAAGGAGUACAAGGCUGCAUGGCAGCAGGGUAGGAUGAGAUGUUGCUGUUGUUUCUGACUGUGCUGCUUGUGAGUGAGUUUGGCGCUGGGCUGCGCCGUCAUGGCCACCACGGCCUCCUGCUGCCCCCGCCGAACGUGCACAACUAUCCUGUGCCUCCGGACCAGUGGUUCACGCAGAAGCUGGACCACUCGCAGCCGAGUGACUUGCGCACCUGGCAGCAGCGUUACUUCACCAACGACACGUUCUACCGUCCUGGCGGUCCCGUGUUUCUGAUGAUCGGCGGCGAGGGUACAGCUAGCCCAGUCUGGAUGGUCACCGGCUCCUGGAUCGAGUACGCCGAGGAGCAUGGCGCUCUGUGCUUCCAGCUCGAGCACCGGUUCUACGGCAAGAGCCACCCCACUGAGGACAUGAGUGUGAAGAACCUGCGCUACCUGAGCUCGGAGCAGGCGCUGGCCGAUCUGGCCACAUUCUCCGCUGCCAUGGAGGAGAAGCACGCGCUGCCCGAGGGCACCAAAUGGGUGGCGUUCGGCGGCUCGUACCCGGGCAGUCUGGCCGCCUGGUACCGACUCAAGUACCCGCACAUGGUACACGCGGCAGUGUCCAGCAGCGCGCCGCUGGUCGCCAAAACAAACUUCUAUGAGUUUCUGGAGGUGGUCUCGGACGCGGUGAAGGCCGAGUCGGGCGAUACUUGCUACAGCAACAUCGCCGCCGCGUUCACCGAACUCGAGAAACAGCUGGCCGACAAGAAGCGGUGGCGCCCGCUCGGAAAACUGUUCCGUCUGUGCGAUCCGUACGCGGCCUCGGAUCUGAACACCUCCAGCCUGGUGUCGAGUCUGGCCGACCUGUUCGAGGGCACCGUCCAGUACAACCGGGAUAACCGGGAGUUCGAGGGAGCCAAGGACGCCAACAUCACCGUCAGCACCCUCUGCCACCUAAUGUCGGACGGAGCCGGCUCACCGCUGGACCGUCUGGCUGCCGUCAAUGCAGCGCUGAUGGCAGUUCGCGGCGACAAGUGUCUGGACUAUACGUAUAAGUCGGAGAUGGACAAAAUGAGGCAGGAGAGCUUCGACAGUCCGGACAACACUGGCAUGCGUCAGUGGAUCUACCAGACGUGUAACGAGUUCGGAUGGUACCAGACAUCUGACGCCGAGGGCCAGCCAUUCGGGCACCGCUUUCCGCUGACCUUCUCUGUGCAGCAGUGCAUGGACGCAUAUGGAACCAAGUUCAACCAGUCUUUCAUCGACGCGGCUGUGGCCGCCACCAACGUGCGGUACGGCGGGCGGGGCAUCCGCGUGAGGCGCGUGGUCUUCAUCAACGGCAGCAUCGACCCGUGGCACGCCAUGGGUCUGACGGCCACCCGCAGCCGGCACGCGCCGGUCAUCUACGUCAACGGAACGGCCCACUGCGCCAACAUGUACCCCUCGCGGGACGAGGACCUGCCAGAGCUGAAGGCAGCCCGCCGCCGCAUCGGCCGCCUCAUCGCCAGGUGGCUGCAGGAGGACGACCAGUGACGUCAGCACCGACCAGUGACGUCAUCGGGACGGCACCUCCAGACGGCGUCCGUAACAUCAGCUGGCGCGGAUGUAAGGUGUGCGGUCGGGCGUUUAUUACUGGGCUGUUUAAACAUGCUUAUUUUCUACCAUACAUUUUACAGUAUAGGCUUAUGAUAACUUGUAUUCACUGAGGUCAUUUACUGCUACAUCGCAUGGAAAGCUGCACCAUAAUCAGGCAUUUCCUGAUUGAUGUUACGUGUUGAUUACAUUUCACACUUGUCUGGAAAGUGCGCGAAAUUUUGGCUGUGCUUGAAACUCAAUGUCCAUGAACCUUUGUACUUAUAUUAUAUCGUGUAUAAUUGCUUCACACCGCAAUCGUGCCUUUAAGUCCAUAGUUGUUGGAGUUAAAACCAGGGAUGCGGAGCCGUGGAAAUUUCAGACGGCUCCGGCUCCGCACCCCUGGUCUUUGUCUUUUGUAUAGGCGAACUUAAUUUUAAUGCGGAUUUCAUGGCUGCGAUAUGAAGUGAUGAGAUUACAUGGGGCCAUCAGAAUAUUCUGUAAUACUCCUUCAUAAAUGACACCACAUCAUAAAUCACUCUCACAUAAUGUGUUGUCUCGUUCGAUGCAAACUUUUGAAGGGAAAAAGCGCCCACCUACCGAUGGGCUCCAGCCUUCACUCGAAACAGUCGUGUGUCGAUAGACCAGGUUUCUGACGAGGGACUGCUGGGCUGCGCACUCCUUGCCCACUGUUAUUGUUUGUAUACUCGUUGGAAUGCCAUGAUAAGGCACUGAGUUAACUGGUGCCGACUGUGCCAAGUUUACACGUCUACCGUAUCGCCUCAUGUAUUCCAGGGCACUAAAGAUUAUUCAAUUUGUGAUAAUCGCUGUGUUGCAUGCUGGUUUCUAGCUACAUUGGGUCAUAUUCAUAUUAUGACCCGGUCUGUCAGGGCAUUUUAGGAAUACAUACGUCCGCUUAGUU